AUGGAGUUGCUAUUCUUGAAGCUACUUUGGGGUUUAGCGCUCUCCAUUUGUAUUUCAAGUUGUUUGGCAAUAGGCAUGACGAUUCCGCCAGUGGUCACGGGUGAUCAGAAGAAGUACUCGUCAUUGAAUAACUUGAUGAAUUGCAUCAGCUAUCGUACUUUCAAAGACGACGUCAUCCUUGUCACUGUGGAUAGUGGUGAUAGAAUUGGCUCCCAACAAUUGAACUUGAAAGUGUUCGACAGCGAAAACAACAUUCUUAAAUCUAUGGAAGAUAUGGCUGACGAACAAACAUUCAUGUUCACGAAUUUGAAUAACCCUACCCUGUUAGAAAGCAUUAAAAAUUCCAAUCCGAAAAAACCAAGAGACAAUUAUAAUGAUCUCAUGAGUGUGCAUUCUGGCAAGUCUUACAUUUACGUAUGUUUCGACAACAUAUAUUUUGACAAGUCAUGGAGUUUCCAGAAACAUCCUCGCGAUGUGAUGUUACACGUUUCUAUACGGAACAUUACCAGCUUGCUGCAAACUAAUUACAAUCAUUACGCCAAAUACUUCAACCAGUUGAAUGAUCCCGUCGAUGCUAAGAUUGACGAAAACAAUGAAUUCAAACUUGAUUUCAGCGAGGUGGACUUCGACAAAGCAAUGGACCUGCUUCAGACUAAGUUAAAUGAGGUGAGUGAGGAGUUGAAGAGCACAGAAGGAAUCAUCAAGAUGUUGAUGGAUAACGAAUCCAAGUUACGAGAUGUCAACGAAGCCAUCUAUGAGGAUUAUACACGAACUUCUAUCGUCUUGAUCGCAUGCAUUUGCAUUUUUGGUUUAUGUCAAAUCAUCUACUACAAGUGCUACUUUACAAGAAGGAAACUUCUAUGA